AUGGAGUCGGAGAAUGGGAAGAAGGAGGUGUUCGACGCCGAGGCGGCGAGUUCGAUGAUGAAGGAGCAGAGAGACGCGUUUGGGAGUGGUAAAACGAAGAGCUUCGAGUGGAGAAUGUCGCAGUUGAACAGUUUAGUGAAAAUAGCAGACUAUCACGAGAAGGAGAUCAUCGACGCUCUUAGCUCCGACCUCUCGAAACCUGAAUUAGAAUCGUUUGUCCACGAGUUAAAUACAAUACAUAUUCAGAUAUCUCUAUUGCAGAUUCACGAAAAAAUUUAA